AUGGAAUUUGAUUUCCCGAAUAAGGACAUCAAUUCGAUAAGCCAAAAAGAAGGGGACCACCGGGGAUGGAUGAUGUUGUUCGAUGGAGCAGUUAAUGUGCGUGGGCAUGGAAUAGGGGCUGUGCUCAUUUCACCAGAGGACAAGCAUUACUCGGUCGCAGCCAAACUCACCUUUCCUUGUACCAACAACAUAGUGGACUAUGAAGUGUGCAUAUUGGGGUUGCAAGUUGCCAUAGAUAGAGGAAUCAAGGAAUUGGCCAUGAAGGGAGACUCAGCCUUGUUUGGCCACCUACAAAGGGAAAAAAUUUUGAUUCCUGAUGCAUUGGCCACAUUAGCAACUUUGUUUAAAGUUGAUGUGGGAGUAGAGGUUGAACCAAUUCGUAUAAGGGUGCAAUCAGACCUAGCAUACUGUGCCGUGAUGGAGGAAAUCGAUGGGAAACCCUGGUUCCAUGAUAUCAAGACUUACAUUUAA